AGAUUACCGUACAUGCUGUCAAUCAAGUGGCCGGCUGCAGCUGUUCCCUGUUCAGUCAGCCGCAGGAAGUUUGAGACCCAGGCAGAGGUUCUCCAUGCGGCUCUCCAUGCGGCUUUUACGGAUAAUUUCGACUCCAAAAAACGUUUUAUAAACAUAUAUGAGGACCAGCUAAGCGACUCAGUUUUUUACUAUUUUUCACUUUCCACGUUGUCCUUGAGACAUGCCGCUGUUGAAGGAGGACCCAUCUUAUCUGUCUAAAUCUCGACUGAAGUCUGAUUUGGUUGCCCACAAUGUCGCGCUGCCACCUGCCAAAAGCAAAAAGGACAUUUAUGUGGAGUUGCACUUAAAACACAUCGAUCAGAAACACGCUGCGGAUUUUUCUAGCGAUGAGGAGGACCAAAUACAUGAUGUGGAAGAUGCAGAUCCAGAGGUAACAGAGAUUCCUGACCCAAGUGGCUUAAUUGAUGACGACCUGAGGACUGCCCUGCUCGCACAUGGAGUUAAAGCUGGCCCCAUCGUGGCCUCCACCAGGGCCUUGUAUGAGAAAAAGCUCAGGACACUGACGCAGUCCAAUGGUAAAGACCAUCGGAACGGAGCAGAGAAAGGUGUGUUGUACUCUGACAGUGAAGAAGAGGAGGGGGACGAGGAAGAGGAUGACGGAGAUUCAGGUUCUGAAGGAGAAAAAGAGGAAACUGUUGAACAGGAAGGCCAGGCCCAACAAGAGAGAAGCCAGGUCAAGACGUAUUUUCAGAAAGGUGGUUUUGUUUACCCACAGUGCUUUUUACCAUCAUCAAGGCUGCGUGCUCAGCAUCCUAGAAACAAGGAACCAACUCCCAAAUGGAAUUCAGGGAAUGCAUUAAAAUCAUCAGAGCGAUGUCGGACUCAAUGCUCACAGAUUCCCACAGGAAAUAGUAUUGGAUCCUCUGUAGAUCAACUGUCAGGAUUAAGAUCAGGGGUUACGUCUGGAUCACAAUCAGUUAUGCCCAACGAUGGCUCAUCAUUUUCCUCUCGGGCCUUCAGCAUCACUCAAAUGGUUGAGGAGAUGGAGAGUCGGGUGUCACUCUCCACCAGCGCAGACACUGAGAGUGGUUUGAAUGGGAGCAAUGUGCAGGACAAUUGGUCGCGGUCCAGCAGGCCUCCUCAGGAACCUGUGAGAGAUGUUUUCAAGGACAUGUUUCCAAACACUCCGACACCCACAGGAAUCUACGCUUCUCGUCGGAGACCCAUCAAGGGUGCUGCGGGGAGACCUAUCCAGUAUGCAUACCCUGACUCUCCUGCCAGUCCGACGACUCUUGAGAGAAGAGAGGUCGAGCGCCGUCUUGUGCCCAUCCAUAUUCAAAUUGGGGUCUUUCUCACUGUGGCAUGCCUCCUUUACCUCAUUUUCGUAUGUGUUGAUGACAACUCAUUAAGCCCAGUUAUGGCCUUACUCGACAGUCUAACCCAGGAGUCAGACAGCAAAGAAGGGCUCUUGCUUCAGGCUGAGACUCAGGACAUACCACAACUUCAGGAGUAACCCUGUUUUUUUUAUUUCCUCUGCGUUGACUUACGUUUGUAGGUUACUUUAUAGUUGAUGUAAACCAUAAUGACUUUGUCCUGGAUAUCUUCAGGGAACACAAACGCAACACUUUAAGUUGAUUACAGUGUUUGUGUGUCUGUAUGAUAACAUACCUCAAAAUCCAGUUUUACAUUUUUACAUGUUAUAUCAAGGCUUAAGUUGAGAUUUGAAAGAGCUGAAGAAAAUUGUCGAGAGCUUUUGUAUUUCAUAAUCAAACAAUGUAAUCUCAUAGUCACUUUUCUAGGAAGUGCUGUCACUGUUUAUUGUGUGAUAUGUUUUAAUAUUUCAAUUAUAUUUCAAUAAAGGAUGUUUGGCUUCAUA